AUGUCGACUGAAACACCAUCAGUGUCCAACGUGUUCCUCAACCUCUUCAUUCCACGCGGGACAAACACAAGUUUUCGAUGGGACAUAGUUUGGAUCACCUUGGCCUUCUCGGUUGUCGUUCAGGCUUUCAAAAUGGUAUACUACGCAAACAUACAUCCGUUGCGAGCGGUUCCCGGCCCAUGGAUUAGUUCAGCAACCUCUGUAUGGAUUCGGUGGCAGAGAUGGAACGGCAAGCUUUCAUUCGAGGCGGAUAAGCUUAUGACAGAAUAUGGGCCAAUCGUCAGAAUCAGCCCAAAUCUUGUGAUUCUAAACGAUUCCGAAGCAGUGGAAAGAAUAUUCAUGAGGAAGGACCUCGAUACUUCCCCGAAGUCGAUCCGUGCUUUGCGUGUUGGCGGUCAUGACUGGACAGUCACAUAUCCACAACACCCUGUUGCGCGGCUACGACGCCACCCUGUCAUGAUUGCUACGACGACCAAAAACCUUAAGCUCCGCCAUGAGAUAUUCGUCACCAACACUGAAGCGAUGGUUCGAGAUCUUGCAAAGUCAGAAGGGGCGAGAUCAGAAGAUAUCGUUAUUAUGGGAGGUUCCGCAGUAGAUCUUGACCAUCGCGAAUUUCCACGUGUUGUCGGAGAGUACAACUUUCUCGUAGUUUGGAGAUUGUGCCUUCCUGAAUGGCUGUUUGGUUGGUUACAAUACGGUCCGUUCCCGCAUUCUCGUUUCCGUGUACAAUCAAGCGAUAAGCUUUUCGAACUGGGCGAAGAGAUGUGUCGACAAGCCGCUGCGGGACAAGAAGCAGUGUUCGAGGAGGACCCUAGCGUUUACAAGUUGUUUACCGACCAUGAUGCAAAGUACCCCACACAAUCAUGGACCGGCCCCGAGCUCGGUGCGGAAAUGGCAGGUCAAGUGCUCGCUGCCACGGAGACAACCUCAUCUGCACUCGCGUUUAUCUACUACGAAUUGGCGAGGAACCAGCGCCUUCAACAGGAGGUGUACGAGGAAGCCUACGCUCAUGAGGGGUAUGAGGACCUCGAUUCCUUAAAGCUUCUGGAUGCGUGUAUCAAGGAAGGUCUUCGAUUCCGUCCACCAGUCGCCCUCACAGGAAGUCGCAUGGUGCCCGAAGGAGGAAUGUAUGUUCUCGACUAUUUCCUCCCUGCUGGCACCGUUAUUACGACCCAAUCACUGUCAAUGAGUCGACAAAGACCUGAUCUCUUUCCAGAUUUCGACAGCUAUAACCCUCGACGCUGGCUAGACAAUGAAAAUCAUGCUGAAAAACGCCGCCUCCUUGUGCCGUUUGGUAUCGGAGCCCGCCGUUGCCCAGGAGGAAACAUGGCCACGUACCAGAUGCGCCUUAUCCUGGCUGCCACAUUCCGCGCAUUCAAGAUUACACUAGCACCAGAAACCACUCCUGAAGCGAUGGCACCGUUCGAAGCAAACGGUUAUCGGUCCCGCCACGACAGGUGCGACUUGAUUUUCACACCUCGAGCGGCAUAA